AUGAUGAGCCCAGUAAGUAAUGGCGCUAAAGUAAUGACUGGAGAAAGAACAGGUGUGGCUGCCCGACUGAAGCAAAUCAACAGCAAGCUAAUUAAUGUGCACUGUGUCUGUCACAGACUGGCCCUUGCUUGUGCUGGUGCGAGUGAUGACACAAAAUACAUCACACAAGUUGAAGGAGUCCUUUUGCAACUCUGGAAGUUUUUUGCUAAAUCGCCUAAGCAGACUGCUCUUUUGGUAAGAGCACAAGAGUGGUGGCGCAAGAUGAAGCUAUUGGAAAAAGCAAGGUCUGUUGUGGCGAAAAAGGUGCGAAAAGCUUGCAGAACACGUUGGCUGGUAACAAGCAAUGCUGUAGAUGGAGUGUAUGAAGAUUUUGUUCCUAUCAUACAGACUAUCAAUCUCUGCUGUCCAAAAUGAGCUUUAAAGUUUAUUGGUACGAUAUAUAUUUUGAAGGCUGUCCUUCCAGAGCUUGCUGCAUUAAGCAGACUACUCCAGCGAGGUACCGUUAACUUUGGCCAUAUCCUACCAGCUAUCACCUACACUACUGACAAGCUAACGAAGAUAGCACAAGACGAAACCCCCAUCACCCAACUUCAGGUUGAUAUUCAGGAGAAUGGACAGCUCGGUACCUGUGAGUUUAAAAGCAAUGACCACGAGAUACAAGUUCUUCGCAACCUUCUAAAGAAGUACAGACAAGUCCUCAAGGAGAACAUUGAUUCUCGUUUCAAGGAUGCGAUGCCAGUGGUCUGUGCAUUAGCCAUCUUUAAUGCAAAUGCCAUUCCAAACUGUGGAACAGCAGAGUUUUUAAGCUAUGGGUCGAAGGAAAUCGGCACAUUGUCAUACCACUACUUUCCAGGUGACAAGGAAGCUCAGUAG